GAGGAUUAAAUUGCUCGGUCUUCACGCCGGGAACCCUUUCUCUGCUCAGCCUUUCCCAGCCAGGACCGACUGCCAAAAGGACCUCUGGCGACCGUCUCCGUCCAUUGUCCAUAGACGUUGUCGUUUUGAGCUGCUGUUCCCACCUCUUGACCAGCUAUGGACCCCAACGCCAUCAAGGAGGAGCUGCGUCUCUUCCAGAGCACCCUGCUCCAAGACGGCUUAAAGGAGCUCCUGAAUGAGAACAAGUUUGUGGACUGCACUCUGAAAGUGGGCGACCGCAGCUUCCCCUGCCAUCGGCUAAUCAUGGCCGCAUGCAGCCCUUACUUCAGGGACAUCUUCUUCACGGAGGAUGGAAAGGAGGUGGAAAACACCAAAGAGGUGGUCCUAGAGGACGUUAACCCCUCUGUCCUGGACAUGAUUGUCCAGUACCUCUACUCGGCUGAGAUUGACCUCACUGAUGACAAUGUUCAGGAUAUAAUUGCUGUGGCGAACAGGUUCCAAAUCCCUUCUGUCUUCACAGUCUGCGUUAAUUACCUCCAGAAGAAGUUGUCGCUGGGUAAUUGCAUGGCCAUCUUCAGGAUGGGCCUGGUGCUCGGCUGCCCCAGGCUGGCGGUGGCGGCUCGGAACUACAUCGCAGAUCGCUUUGAGCUUCUUCAUAAGGACGAGGAAUUCCUGAAGCUUGCCGCCCAUGAACUGUUUGCGGUCAUUGGCGGGGACUCGCUGAAUGUCGAGAAAGAGGAGUUGGUAUUCGAGGCGGUCAUGGCCUGGGCUCGCCACGAUAAGGAGAAACGCGUCAAGGUCCUGAAGGACGCCUUCAACUGCAUCCGCUUCCGACUGAUGCCGGAGAAGUACUUCAAAGAAAAAGUGGAGAAUGACGAGAUGAUCAAAGCUGACCCAGAGCUCCAAAAGAUGAUCCAGGUCAUCAAAGACGCCUUCAAGGGGAAACUUCCAGACAAGCCCGUGAAGAAAGAAGGUGAGGAGGGGUCCAACGUGGAAGGAGAGGAGGAAGACAACCCGUUCCCCGGUUUCCUCAACGACGACCGCAGACAUGGCAUGUUCGCCCGUGACUUCAUCCUGAUGAUCAAUGACACAGCAGCGGUGGCGUACGACGUCAACGAGAACGAGUGCUUCCUCGCGGCUAUGUCAGAGCAGGUCCCCCGUAACCACGUUAGCGUGGUGACGCAACAGAACCAGCUCUACAUCAUUGGAGGACUGUUUGUGGACGAGGACAACAAGGACGUGCCUUUACAGUGUUACUUCUACUUGUUCGAUCCUCUCGCAUCUGAGUGGGUCGCCAUGCCACCCAUGCCUUCUCCACGAUGCCUUUUCAACAUUGGUGAGAGCCAGAACCUGCUGUUUGCUGUGGCUGGAAAGGACCUGCAGACCAACGAGUCGCUGGACACCGUAAUGUGCUACGAUGUUGAGAAGAUGAGAUGGACUGAAACCAAAAAGCUUCCUCUGAAGAUCCAUGGCCAUGCUGUUGUUUCACACAAAGGACUGAUCUACUGCAUUGGUGGAAAAACAGAUGACAACAAAGCCCUCAACAAAGUGUUUGUGUACAACCACAAGCAGUCUGAGUGGAGGGAGACGUCCGCCAUGAAGACGCCCAGAGCCAUGUUUGGAGCCGUGGUCCACAAGGGCAAGAUCGUGGUCGCUGGCGGGGUGAACGAGGAGGGCCUCACUGCUUCCUGUGAAGCCUAUGACUUUACUACAAACAAGUGGGAGCCCUUCACAGAGUUCCCCCAGGAGAGGAGCUCCAUCAACCUGGUGAGCAUCGGUGGCCUCCUGUAUGCCAUGGGUGGCUUUGCUAUGGUCCAGAUGGAGAACAAGGAGGUGGCUCCGACAGAGGUUACUGAUGUCUGGCAGUAUGAGGAUGACAAGAAGCAGUGGAGCGGCAUGCUGAGGGAGAUGCGCUAUGCAGCAGGCUCCUCCUGUGUGCCUAUGCGCCUCAACGCUGCCAGGAUGCCCAAACUGUAGACAGAACCACUUUCCUUCUCGUCUUCUUCUAUUUAACGACUUCCAAAGACCUCCUCCUCCUCCUCUUCCUCCCCCUCCUGCGAGCUGCUUCUAACGCUCUGGGUUGAUCUUUGACAUUAAUUUUUUUCUCUGAACUCAGAUGAUUUUUAUCUGUACAAUAAAAGCUCCCUUCAGCUGCUGCUUCAAAGAUGCCUCAUCCCCUCGGCAUAAAAAAAAAGGAGUCACAAUUUAGUUUGAUCUCUAAAAUCUCUGUUUACACAAUUUUAGCUCGUCUUUUGUAAAAAAUAAAAAAAAAAACAUAACUUCUCC